AUGUUCAACAUGGGCUUCCUUUUGGUGUCUAUGCAGUUGGCCAAGAAAAUUGACUGGGAAGACCCUGAUGUAUUGACCUAUGCUAGAAUUGGUUAUUACAGUGCCCAGGUCUUAGUCGUUGCUAUGGCUUAUGGUUUGAUUUCUAUCAUUAAAAAGAAGAAUGACACGACUGUGUUGACAUACAAUGCUCCUGCUAAACCCAGUCUUUCUGGUCCUACCGAGGCUCCUGCCACUAUCACGACCACUGUCAAGGACUACGAUAUUGAACAAGUACAACAAUUUAUCAAGUCUAGUGUGACUUCUAUCUUUAUUAUCUCUUUGAUGCACUUUCAAUUCAAAUUCACUCAACCCCUUUUGAUGCAAUCGAUUAUGCCCGUGAAGAACUUAUUGGCUCAUAAAGAAGCUUUGAUUCAUUUGUGGGGUGAUGCUCCUGAAGGUAACCUUGCUAGACCUUUUACUGUGGAUAGUCCUUUUGGCGGUCUUGCUAAUUUAUUUGGUGGUGGAAAUGAUGCUGCUGCUGCACCUGCUGCUGCCAACACCACCACGGAACACCGUCACCAAGAUUAA